GGACUUCAGGUCGGAGGUUCGUCAAAUUUUUGUGCGAGAAUUUAGUUAAAUUUCAAUUUUUCGAAAUCUGUGUGAAAUGGCUCUCAGUCGUCAAAAAGGAGGAGCGAACUGCCCACCCUGCGGUCCUUGCUGCGGCCCACCAUGUCCUCGUCCCGGGGUUCCGCCCUGCAUUCCCUGCCAGCCACCAAUGGUUCGUCUUGAUAAACUCUGGCCCGAGCCCUAUGAUCCCUGCUCUUUUAAGAACUGCCUCAUUUUCGGAUCCCAUGACGAGCCCUACGUCCAGGCCUUCGAUCCCAAGGUGUGUUCGCGUAUGCGUCGCAGUGACAUUGAUCGAUCCCUGGGCUACCCCAUUGGAAUAGUGGCGGGAACAGUGCCAGUCAAGGGGGGAAUCCCCAACAAGGAAGCUGUGCAGUACGCCGCCAAUCUGAAGGGCUUCGCUCAUUCCUACUACACCAGGCGGGACGAAUGGAAGCCAGAGAUGGUAGACUUCGUGGUGAACGAGGGGCAGGUGCUCUACAAUGACUCCGAGAACAUGGAGCUUCCCAAUAUGACCGAUGCCCCGGAUGUCUACGACGAGAACGAGGUGAAGGUAACGCGCCACUUCAAGAUCAACGAAAUCGAGUUCGCCUUGGAGUUGGACGCGGCUUUCGAGCUGUUCGGCUAUCCGAAUAUCAUAAGGAAUGUAAGGAGGAUCCUGCGCGCCUUCUUCAAGAAGUACAAGUGUGGACUCUUCUUCACCCCCAACUGGUACAUGCUGAUCUGGAAGGAGAAGGGCGUCUGGAUGGUCCUCGACUUGAAUGGCCGGGAAGUGGACACUUUGAAGCCGAAUUCGGAAAGCGGCUAUCCAGUGCUGUUGGCCCUCAAGUCCCUGGACAAUGUCAUCUGGCUGAUCAAGAAGGAGAGCGACUUGGAGAAGACCCAAGAGUUCACCAUCAGAGAGAUCUUAGUGGUGAGGUUGGCCACUCCCGGAGCCACGGGCCAAAGCUGGGAGCGGGAGCAUGGCAUGCGGAUGAGCGAGUAUGAUGUGAUUGCCUCGGACUAUGCCUAUCUCAAGUCCAAUCUUCAUCUCACCCUGAAUCCCAACGACGCCCUGAGGAAUCGCAGCGCCCUGCCCGUGGCUGUGGCCACAGCCUUGGCCUCCAAAAUCGAUCAUCCCGCCACCUGGGACAUGAAAAUGUACGACAAGGUCAUGUGCUAUGGCGUCAAUAUGUGCAAGAACUGCUGGGAGCCGUGUGUGGAUCUCAGUAAGCCCAUGGAUCUGGAUGAGUUUCCCCGCCAGAUCCGUAUGGGACAGUUUGUGGCCGAGAUCCUGCUCUCCCCGAACGUCUACGAGGGCUGGUGGAAGUGCGUGCCCAUGUACAAGUUCAACGAUUUCCAUCUGAUGCUGGAGAAGGCCCUCAACCAGAACGACUACGUCAUCUUCCAGAUCAACAAUCAGAUGUACUCGUUGUGGAAAAAACACGACUUUAUCUAUUUGAUGGACCCGUAUCGCCACAAUAUCGUGGGCCGCAUCCUGGAGGAGGGCGAGGACCCGAAAAGCGCUUCGAUUCGAAUGUUUGGGAACAUGGACCGUCUGCUGAGUGUCUUUCAUCAGAUCCUGCUUGAAUCGAAUCGAUCAGCCAUAUUUCACAUUCACACCUUGAAGAUCAGGAAUAUCACGGAGUGUCCUCCAGGGACAGCUCCGGCUCUUCUGCCUCCCGACGAGGAUGUGGAAGUGCGUUCCCUCAACGAGAACAUUCGCUUCGACGAGAACUACGACAAGUGUCUGGAGGAGCUGGGCGAGAUCAGCGACUACGAGGAGGAUUUGGCCUCGGAGGUGGAGCCGAUUAUCGAGAUCAGUUCCUCGGAGGAGAUGGUCGAGGAGGAAGAGGGCGGCGGUGGCGGCGAAGUCGAAGGCGGCGAGGGCGAGGACGACGAUUAAAAGUAGAGCUGAACUUUGGUUUUUUUUACGACAUACUUGUACACAAAAAAAAGGUCCUUUGGCGUGUAGAAUUGAACAGUUUAGUAUUUCAUCUCUUGAUCGGUUCUGGAUAUUUCACUUAAAAAUUAAAAGUUUAAUAGUAAGAGUAA